AAGAUGGAUCUGAACGAGAGACUCAACCGGUUCAAGCUGCAGCAGGAGAGGUGCCAGGUGAGCCUAUCCAGCAUCGCCGCGGCCAGAGCCCCGUCAUCCGCCCCAACAAAGCCCCAGCAGUAUGCUCCGAGGCCGGCUACGGCGAGGCCGUCCGCGCCCGCGCCCGCGGUUAGGUUCUCCGACGAUACGGCGAGGCUGCAAAAGAUGCACUCGGUCAGGAACUCCGCCGUCGGAUUGCAGAUCAAAGCCGUGAUCGAGCUGCUUUACAGGACGAGAAGGGCUCUUACGGCGAAGCAGAUCAACGAGGCGACUUAUGUCGACAUCGCCGGCAACAGCGCCGUCUUCGAGAGCCUCAGGAGCAAUCCCAAGGUGCACUUUGACGGGAGGGGCCUGUUCUCUUACAAGCCCACGCACGGCGUGACGGGGAAAGACGAGUUGCUUGCCCUCAUCAGGAGGUUCUGCGACGGCAUUACGGUCAAGGAGGUGGAGGAUGCGUAUCCAUCUGUGCUGGACGAUCUGCAGGCUCUGAAAUCCUCAGGUGACAUCUACUUGCUGUCGGGCGAGCAAGACAUUGUGUUCCCGAACGAUCCGAGGUCGAGGCUGGAGCUGGACAGUGAACUGAAGAAGCUGUUCUACGAGAUCAAGCUGCCCAAGGACAUGCUGGACAUCGAGAAGGAUCUCCGGAGGAACGGCGAGAAACCGGUGACAGACACGGCCAAGCGGAGGGCAGCGGCGGAGAUCUUCGGCAAGCCUUCCAAACCCAAGAAGGCAAGAAAGAAGCAGCGCGGGAUCACGAGCAGGACCAGGAUCACCAACGUACAUCUUCCUGGACUCUUGGAGCUGCCCAUGGACACGAAAGAUUUCAUGCGACUGAUGUAA